UCAACAGAGCGACAGCAGCGUCUUUACCCAGGAUCCGGAGGUUUUCUUCAGGGGGGACAGGUGACAGCGCACACCGACCGACAUCCAACCGCCUGAGUGUCCAUCGGUGGAAAUUACUGCUCUUUCACCCAUACGCACACACAUACACACACACACACCCCCCGCGCGCACCCUCCGAUUGCCUCAAUAGAUGUUACUCAACUACAUGCACUCCGAUCUGAUCGUCUAAGCCCGGUCCAUCAAGAUGGAAAAUGCGCACACUAAAUCGGCGACUGAAGUUUUAGCCAACUUCGGCGUGAACGAAAACACUGGGCUGAAUCUGGAGCAAGUCAAACUCAAUUUUGAGAAAUAUGGACCGAACGAGCUCCCGGCUGAAGAAGGGAAGUCCCUUUGGGAACUGGUGGUGGAGCAGUUUGAAGAUCUCCUGGUCAGGAUCCUGCUGCUAGCUGCCUGCGUCUCCUUUGUGUUGGCUCUGUUUGAAGAGGGAGAGGAGACAACCACCGCCUUUGUUGAGCCAAUUGUUAUUCUUUUGAUCCUCAUCGCCAACGCUGUUAUCGGGGUCUGGCAGGAGAGGAAUGCCGAGAAUGCCAUUGAGGCUCUGAAAGAGUAUGAACCAGAGAUGGGAAAGGUGUACCGCAUAAACCGUAAGGCUGUCCAGAGGAUCAAAGCCAGAGACAUCGUCCCAGGAGACAUAGUGGAGGUGGCAGUUGGUGACAAGGUUCCUGCUGACAUCAGGGUCACCUCUAUAAAAUCCACCACCCUGCGAGUAGACCAGUCCAUUCUCACAGGGGAGUCCGUGUCCGUCAUCAAACACACUGACCCUGUUCCCGACCCCAGAGCUGUCAACCAGGAUAAAAAGAACAUGCUGUUUUCUGGUACCAACAUCGCUGCAGGCCGCGCUAUAGGUGUCGUUGUUGCUACAGGCGUCAGCACAGAAAUUGGUAAGAUCCGUAAUCAGAUGGCCGCUACAGAACAAGAGAGGACACCGCUGCAGCAGAAGCUUGACGAGUUUGGCCAGCAGCUCUCUAAGGUCAUCUCCCUGAUCUGCGUGGCCGUGUGGGUCAUCAACAUCGGCCACUUCGGGGAUCCUGUCCACGGUGGCUCCUGGGUGCGAGGGGCCAUCUAUUACUUUAAGAUCGCCGUGGCCUUGGCUGUGGCCGCCAUCCCAGAGGGGCUACCCGCUGUCAUCACCACCUGCCUGGCCCUCGGCACACGUCGUAUGGCCAAGAAGAACGCCAUUGUUCGCAGCCUGCCCUCUGUGGAGACCCUGGGGUGCACCUCUGUUAUCUGCUCUGACAAGACCGGCACCCUCACCACCAACCAGAUGUCUGUUUGCAGAAUGUUUGUUGCUGACAAGGCAGAUGAUUCAAGCUGCUCCCUUCAUGAAUUCUCCAUCACUGGUUCUACGUAUGCCCCUGAUGGACAAGCACUGAAAGGAGACAAGCCUAUCCAAUGUGGAGACUAUGAUGGACUUUUGGAGUUGGCCACUGUGUGCUCCAUGUGCAAUGACUCCUCACUGGACUACAAUGAGGCCAAGGGGAUUUAUGAGAAGGUGGGUGAAGCCACAGAGACUGCUCUCACCACCUUGGUGGAGAAGAUGAACGUCUUUAAGACUGACCUGUCUGGGCUCAGCAAGGUGGAACGUGCCGGGGCCUGCAACUCGGUGAUCAGACAGUUGAUGAAGAAGGAGUUCACCCUGGAGUUCUCCCGUGACCGCAAGUCCAUGUCUGUCUACUGCACCCCGGUCAAGCCGGGCUCCCAGAGCAAAAUGUUCAUCAAGGGUGCUCCAGAGAGUGUGAUUGAACGCUGCCAGUACCUGCGUGUGGGAACAGCAAGGGUGACGCUGACACCAGCCAUCCGUGAACAACUGCUGUCUAAGAUCCGGGACUGGGGAACUGGCAGGGACACCCUGCGAUGCCUGGCGCUGGCUACCCAUGACACCCCGCCACGCAAAGAGGACAUGGACUUGGAGAAUUCCAGCAAGUUUGCACAGUAUGAGUUGGGCCUCACAUUCGUUGGCUGCGUUGGCAUGCUUGACCCACCCAGGAAGGAGGUGAUUGGAUCAGUGAAAUUGUGCAACGAGGCAGGUAUUCGUGUCAUCAUGAUCACAGGAGACAACAAGGGCACAGCUGUGGCCAUCUGCAGACGUAUUGGCAUCUUCUCCGAGGAUGAGGACGUGACGGGAAAGGCCUACACAGGCCGCGAGUUUGAUGAUCUCCCGCCGGAGGCACAGAGAGAAGCUGUCAAACGGGCUAGGUGCUUCGCCCGCGUCGAACCAGCUCACAAGUCCAAGAUCGUCGGAUACCUGCAAUCAUUCGAUGAAAUUACUGCCAUGACUGGUGAUGGUGUGAACGAUGCCCCGGCCCUGAAGAAAGCAGAGAUCGGCAUUGCCAUGGGCUCUGGCACAGCGGUGGCCAAGUCUGCGUCUGAGAUGGUGCUGUCUGAUGAUAACUUCUCCACCAUAGUGGCUGCUGUGGAGGAGGGCAGAGCCAUCUACAACAACAUGAAGCAGUUCAUCAGAUACCUCAUCUCCUCUAAUGUGGGAGAAGUUGUCUGCAUCUUCCUCACAGCUAUCCUGGGUCUCCCUGAGGCUUUGAUUCCAGUCCAGCUGCUGUGGGUAAAUCUGGUGACUGAUGGCCUGCCUGCCACUGCUCUGGGCUUUAACCCCCCAGACCUGGAUAUCAUGGACAAACCUCCCCGCAAUUCAAAGGAGCCUCUCAUCUCUGGCUGGCUCUUCUUCAGAUACCUGGCCAUUGGAGGAUAUGUGGGUCUUGGAACAGUGAGUGCUGCCACAUGGUGGUACCUGUUUGAUGAAGAAGGCCCACAAGUGUCUUUCUAUCAGCUGAGACACUUCAUGCAGUGCACCGAAGAAAACCCCAUGUUCAAAGAUAUAGACUGCGAGGUGUUUGAAUCCCGUUACCCUACAACCAUGGCCCUGUCCGUGCUGGUCACUAUUGAAAUGUUCAACGCACUCAACAGUUUGUCUGAGAACCAGUCCCUGGUCAGGAUGCCUCCCUGGGUCAAUAUUUGGCUACUUGGAGCCAUCAUCCUCUCUCUCUCCCUCCACUUCUUCAUCCUCUACGUCGAGCCUCUGCCGUUGAUUUUCCAGGUGACCCCUCUGCGCUGGUCCCAGUGGAUCGUGGUCCUGAAGAUUUCCAUCCCAGUCAUCCUCCUGGAUGAGGCACUGAAAUAUGUCUCCAGGAACCAUCUAGAAGGUGAUGAGGAGAAGAAAUACCGGAGGAGAUGGCAGCUGAACUAAGACCUCUCCAUCAACACACUCACACAGUUAGACACACGCCUACCCUCCUCUUCCCUUAACGAGCUAGAAACCUUUUUCUCUCCCCUGUCCUCGUUCCCCCCCCCACUCCUGCAUGUCCGACAACAACAACAACAACCACCACUAGAAUUGAGCAGGGCUUACAUGAGAACGGGUGCGCAAGAAAAGAGAGCAUGCGUGUUCUUGCGAGCAUGGCUUUGUGUGUGUGAGUGUGUGUGUGUGAGUGUGAGUGUGAGUGUGUGUGUGAGAGUGUGUGAGCAGGCAGAUGCAGGCCUUUCGUUAUAGAUGCGAGAGCAAGAAACAACCGCAGAAGAAGAAAAAAAAGAUAAAACUGCCCAGAGCUCUGCUUUUAAAGAUUUCUGCUCAUUGUUUUGUUUUGUUUUUUUUUCAUUGUACAGUACAAACAUAGUGGUGCAGUAGCUGGACUUAGGGAAAGAAGGAGAAGGAGGACAGGGGAAAGGAGAUGGAUAAUACUUGGUGGGAUUUGGUGGGGAGGGGAGGCGGGUGUUUUGAAAUCAGCACAAAGACCGAAAGAGAGAUUGAGAGGUGAAGCGUGCUGUGGAGAAGACUGGCGUUCACUCUGGCAAAAGAAGAGCAUCAGAAAGAACGUGGAAGAUGAGAAAAAAACCAUCCGACUCAUGAGACUGGUCAGGUUUCAUGAGUCACCCACACUACUGGCAUCGAAUCUCAGCCAGCUCAGUAUGAACAUGGCCUCAUCAGCACAACACAAUAAUAUAUCAUCGCCCUCAACACACAACAUCUAACUCCUGUUUGAUCGUGUUUUACGCACAACUAGUCUCCUCUCUCUCUCUCUCUCUCUCUCUCUCUCUUUCUCUUUCUCUUUCUCUCUUUCUCUUUCUCGCUGUGUCGAGGAGGCAGCUGUGGGCCCGGGUGGCGACUUGUCGGGCUCUUGAGUUGGGUGUGGAGAUGUUGCUCCACCUAAAGGUGUGAAUAGCUUCACGCUGCUUGGCCGCUUCCUUCAGCUCUUUAUUCAAGGAGCUGAGGUCAGCUUGCAGACUUGGCAAAACUGAAAAAAAAAGAAAAAAAAAAAGGAAAGAGGGGGAAAAAAAAAAAAAAAGAUGUGGCGAGUCAAACAGCAACCAAACCAGCAUAUCAGCAGUGUAGUUUUCCUCCUGGCUGGUCCUGUUAGGCCUGACCUUAAUGUCCCAUCUGCUGUGCUGUCAUUGGAGUUUCAGCUGUCAAUCAUCCUGGCAAGUUAUUUCAAUCGAGUAAAUUAAAGAUAGAUUUUAACAAGUGGAUGAUGCUUCAUGACAUUUUGGCCAGAAUAAUGAUCUCAUCUACCUUUAAUUCAUUCAGUUAUUUCUAAUACUGCACCAGCGCUUACAGUAGGUGAGUGUGCAUUAUAGCCUUACUUGAAUUAAUUGGUCUAAUUUGACUUGGUAGGCUUUUCAGUUUUUGAAUGGCACAGAUGAUGUAGUUAAGUUAAGGAACGGCUAAUAAACUGCUUGAUUGCGUCAGUCUUACAUCACUCAGUCAUGAAUCAUUUAUAUAUUAAGCACAGUAAACAUCCAUGCCUUAUACAUACAGCCCACUGCACCUCCACAUUGAAGAUGUGGUCAAAAUGAAUGUCUCUUUUAGCCUUUAAUUACCUUUUUACCCACCACCACUCUCAUUCAUACGUGCCCAAAUACUGAGAUCCAUUCAAUACUGAUCACUUGAGGUCUUAAAGAUUCUGAAUGUCCACCUAGUCUGUGGCCUGUGUAAUAGGAAACCCUUUUAUGUUGUGCUUUGUGCGCUGCUCCCUCAGCUCCUCCUGCUCUCUCAGUGCUUUAGCUACUCACUUGGGUAUUGUUUUAUAAUGAAUAAAUAAUAAUGUAUUUGACUGAAUGAACCCACAGGGUUUGGAUUGUGUCUUUUAAGUCUUAAUUAUGGGUUUUGUGUGGGCCCUGGUGCUAUGUGGACUGGGUCAGGCUGACACAGUGGUUACUAUUGGUCUUUUGUCACAUCUGAAUAGGACAGAGGAGAGUGUGCACAUUUAAAAAAAGAAAAGAAAAAGCAUUUGUAAAAGAAGGUACUCGAUCAAAAACACCUACAGGGAGAGGAAAUGGAAUUUGGAUUUGCACUCUGUGUCAGCUGCUUUUGAUGAAUUUAAUAAAGCAAUGUUUCAAUCACAGAGAUCUUCAAGGCAACUGUUGAAGAUUUCUGUGAGAUUGAAACAUUCUUUAAAUUCAAUUUACUCUUGAGUUAUUGACACAGUUUUCUCACUUUUCUUGCUUUCCAGACCUGCUUCCAACAAAGCACGGUUUAGAAUCUAAGGGAAAAUCCACUUACACAAACAAAUCUGCUACUGCUGACAUUACCAAGUCUAGAUAUUUCCAGCUCCACAUGUUCUCUGGGGCUUGUAAAAGAGGAUUCUUGGCAAUGCACAAUAUGGCAAUCACUAACUUAAAUAGAAGUAAAAGAAGCAGAUUGUGGGAAAGUUACUCUAAAGCCUCGAUUUGAAUUGGAUUGAACAUGAGAAUGUGGCAUCUCUGUCCAGACCAGCAGACCACCUGUCCCUGUCCCAUGUCUCCAUGGCUCUGUAACAUGCUGGCACUCUGGCCACCAGGCACUAUAGGUCUGUAUAGCCUUGUUAUUUACUACUGAAUCCUCAACUCUGUACAGAAGAUGAGAAUAUGAUCGCAUGGAACCUUGUUACUGUAAUAAUAACCUAUACAGUAUAUAAUAUUUAAUUUUUUGAUAACUUGCAUCAAUGUACUUACCAACAUCAGACAGACUUGUGAGAAAGCAUUUUUAUUUUUAUUUUGAGCACAUGGUAUCUAAGGAUCUCUCUCUCUCUCUUUUUUUCUCCAUAGAAUAGAAAGGUUGUUUCUUAAAAGUUCCCGUUUGGUUUUUACAGUUGCUGGGGUUUUGUGUCUUUUACUGUAGGGAAAGAAUAUGAUGUUACCAUGUUUAAGAUAGACAAGAAUCAUGCUUACGCUAAUUAAUUGACGCUGAUCAUGUCAGUGAUAGUUAUCUGGUGUGAGAAUGUUCAAGAAUUUGUGAAUGAACUGUGUAUGGUUUACACUGAGCGAUAAGCAGUGAUGAAUCCUGGGUUAUGAAGUUUUAUGACUGUACAUUGAAGGGCUUGAUGUGGAUGCAGGCUCUAGAGACCCCUGACAAUCCUUUCGGGUAUGACAUUUUUGGGAAGUUGACUCUUCCGGCACGGUACUCAGUCUUUUACCAUCUUUAGAAGAAUAACCAUCCUUAGUGACAGUAGAGGAAUGAAGUUCAUAUCAGUAACAUCUAACCAACAGUUCCCUUUUUCUCUGUCUAUACAAACAAGUAACCAGUCUCUAGAGCCUGAGUACCACCUCUGAGAAAAUAAAAGGAUUCUCUGUAUUGCCUUGUUAAUAUUAAUUGUGGACACAUAAUUUUAUAAAUGACAAAGACGUGGAAAUAAAGAUUAUUUAUCUUGUUA